GGGUGGUGGGACCGAGAAAAGCGAAUCUUCCAAAUAUUUGUUGCUUUUGUUUUUUUCUUUAUCCUGUUUGUAACUUUUGAGCGUUAAUUCUUAUGCGAGGACGUAACGAUUUCGAAUUUUCUGCGGACGAGUGGUGGAAUUUUUGCGCUGGGAAGCUUUUAUAUAUUUAUACUGAUACGAAUAUGCGUGUGUUUGUGUGUAUUGAGGGACUGUGUUUGAAGCUAGUGUUUGGGGAAGAUUGCGGAUGGUUGGUAGGGUUGGAGGCAUGAGGAAGAAGCUCGACACUCGGUUUCCAGCGGCUCGAAUUAAAAAGAUCAUGCAGGCUGAUGAAGAUGUGGGAAAGAUUGCUAUGGCUGUGCCCCUUUUAGUGUCAAAAGCUCUGGAACUCUUUCUGCAAGAUCUAUGUGACAGGACUUAUGAGAUUACCCUCAAUAAAGGAGCAAAAACUGUAAAUUCUUUGCAUUUGAAGCAAUGUGUACAAAGCUUUAAUGUGUUUGAUUUCCUGCGGGAAACAGUCAGCAAGGUUCCUGACUUGGGUGGUUCAGAUGCUGUUGUUGAGGACAGAUCUGCAACCAAAAGAAGAAAGAUAUCAGAAGAUGAAGAAUAUGCCAAUGGGGAUGUGUCUAAAAGGAUAUACACGCUUUUGUGGGUGUUUUAUGCAUUGCAGCAUGAGAUUGGCCACACCAACAAUAGUGGGAGAAGCAGGGGUAGGGGUAGAGUUAGAAGUCGUGGUAGAGGUAGUCGAGUAGUACAGAGAGAAUCUAUUGUUCAAUACGAGAAAAUUGAAGAUGAGCCGGGCAUCUCAAACCAGAAUGGCGAGAAUCAGAAAGGACGCUUAGGACCGUCAAAUAAUGUUGUAGGUGCUGCAGAUUCAAGAAUUACAGGUGAAAAGGAUGCAGAAAAAUCAGUUAUAGAUAUUGACCUCAAUGUUGACUUAAAUGAGAGCGAGGAGUCCACCCUGACAUUGGCUGAUAUAUCUUCUGACUCUUCAAUAAAGACAACUCUGGACUUGAAACAUGAAGAUAUUCCUGGUUGGUCCAUUGAAGAUGUGGAGAGGAUGGCUAUUGGUCCUGUUCAACUUGCCAAUUUGAACAGGGGUAUUGAUGAGGAAGAGGAAGAUUAUGAUGAGGAAGGCUAAGCUGCUGCAAUAAUCUUAUUGCAUUUCACCUGUGUCUCAUACAGUUUGGUAACUUAACAAUUAACUAGGCUAGAUGUACAUGUUUCACUGAAACAAGCUGCUAGGUCAUUAGGAUCUCAGGAGAUAACAGAUUGGAGUACAAAUACUAUAUUAAAUGGAGGUUCUGAUUGUUCGCUGAUUAAGAAUUCUGCCUGAAUUGUAUGACUAAAAUCAAAGUUUAAAUUCAGUAUCUUGGUAAAAGUGUAAAUUUCUGUCAUCUUUCUGUCUCCCUGUGUUUUAGCCAUCAGAUUUUCUUUGUUACCAUCUGUGUGCCUUUUGUUGAAAUGUAUUUUGUUUGAAAAAGUUCUUGUGUAACCCAUCAGGCCAUCACUGGCAUUUCUUUUUCUUGGCUAAAGAGAUCUAUCUCCUUGCUACUCAACCAUACAAAGAAGAGUCUCAUCUAUAACAUUACUCAAGGCCUUAUAACUCUUCAGUUUUUCAUUUACUUUACAUUUGGAUGGCAUGGUGCAAAUUUUGGCCACUUUUAAUGCUCUCAAGCACGUCCAGUGCCCUGCUAAUAUGACCAUUUCAAGCUUGUUAGCUAGGAUCCUCUAUCUUCUAUUCACUAUCACAGAGAAGGUAAAUUGUUGAAACAUUUGUUUCUUUUGCAGCAUUAUUGGCUUGUCAUACAUGGAGGACAUAAAAUUAUGUUGAUCAUGAAUCUGUUUAAUUCUUGUUGCUCAUACAAGAAGGAAUCCUUGUCAUGUUGGACUUACUGGCUUCCUUGUGUGCAGAAUGAGUCUCAGAAUCCAGAAAUUUCCUACCAACAUAAGUGAAGUUAUGAGCCAUAAAUAAGUGCAUCAUAGUGCUAUUGGAAACGAACCUAAGACCCACUUCCGGAAUUCUUUAGUCCAGAACGUGGUCAACACCAGCCAUUGUCGCUAAAUAUACAUACAACAUUAUGGUGAUAACAAUCUGAAGAGUAAGGACCACUCCAUAUGUGAACGAGCACCACAAAUCUGAUACAGAAAGAAGAAAAUUCAAGCAUCUCGUACGAGCUCAAACUCCCGGAAUUCGUUGAAAUACAUAUUGGUGUUGGUUCAGGAACAUUGUUGCGAAAUAUACAUAGAACACCAUGGUGCUUACAAUCUGACGAGUAAGGACUCACCAUAUGAGAAAGAGUUUCGACGGUUCAGGUCAGAAACCCUGUCAUUUUGCACAAUAUCAAUGUAUGAAUACAAGUAGGACGAUGAUUUUAAUGCAUUGUUGGCUUUUUAUAAAGCAUGGAUGGAGACGAAGUUGUGUUGAUCAUGAAUCUGUUUAAUUCUUGUUGCGCAUACAAGAACAUGCUCUUGUCAUGUACUUACUGGCUUCCUUUGUGCGGUAUGCAGAAUGAAUCUUGCACUCCCUAUUUUGACAUGGAAAAAGUUGAUUUGAUCAUCUUGCAAUCAAUCUGGUAUAGGCUUGUUUCAGAAUUCAGAAAUUUCAUACCAACUCAAGUGAAGUUUUGAGCCGUAAAUAUGUACAUUAUAGUGCUUCCUCAAUUCUUUAGUACAGUAUGUUGUCAACUCCAGGUUUGUUGUGUGUAAUCUAUCCGAUUCAGAGAUCUGUAUUUCAAACCACUUUAGCAAUUGAAUAUUACGGCAAUUAGGUUGGCGUUGAAUCAUUGUUGGUUAUGCUAAACUGUCCUUCAUAUUGGUGUUGGUUCAGGAACAUUGUCGCGAAAUAUACAUACAAUGGUGUUACCAGUCUGAGGAGUAAGGCCACUCCAUAUGGAAAGAGAAAGAAGAAAAUUAAAGCAUCGCCUACGAGCUUGAUGUCCUGUACUUGGGAGAUAUAUUGGUACUGGUUUAGGAAUGUUGUCGCAAAAUAUACAUAAAACACCAUGGUGCUUUGUGAAAGAGUUGAGAAUUAUUUACACUCAUACAUUUUUCAAUAUCAUAACCACUUCAUGACUGCAUUGUACUAGGAACCAGUACCAUGAAUCUGAUUCAGAAAGAAGAGAACUCAAGCAUCACCUACAAGCUUGAACCCCUCAACUUCCUUGACAUUCAUCCACACCUGCACCAACACCUUAGCCUUGGAUACUUUACUCUUCCCACCAUCGGCAGUAUCCAUCGUUAUAUAAUGCAUGAUCCCAGCCACCACCUACUUCGUUGCACUCAACACCACCUUAAAUUCCAAAAGCGUGUUUCGAAAAUCCCCCAGGAAAACAUUCCCCCAGGGUAAAAAUUAAUUCUCGGAAAGCAUAUAUACUUGAUGAUAUGUGGAAGCGAGGGCCGUGUGCAUUUAUUUUUUUGCAUCUUUCUGAGGUGAUAAAUAUUUGUACGGAUACAUUACGGGUAUCAUAAUCACUUCACGACUUUAUUAUAUUAUAUCACAAACCAGCACCAUUAUUAUUUGAUGUUACAGAAAGAAGAGAAUUCAUGCAUCCACUUAGCUACGAAUCUUGAAGAAUGGAGAAAAACUACGGAGAUGCAUUGCAGAGCAGAAGGAAUUCUACUUAAAUAGCUGAAAACGAUGACUGAGAAA